CUGGCACCCCUGGGUCCAUGGGACCCCAGCCACAGCUUUCUCUCUUCAACUGGCCCUGGGGAGGCCACUUGCUCCAGCUCUAGUGGCAGUUAGUGAAGCCAUGGUUUAGAACCCUGGGCCGCAUGCCAGAUGCUGCCCCGUGAUUGGCUGGCAAAAUGCCGUGACAUCACAGUCACUGGGAAUUUUAAACCGGGACAUGAGGCAGUCUGGCCAGUAGUGCAUCAACUGAGCUGCUGAACUGCUGUUGGUAGCGAAGGCUGGAGCACAGCUGAAGGAUGCAGACUGGUUCGCGAUGGAGAUUGGGCAUGGUCGCUGUGAGGGCCCGACGGGACCGUGAGCAAGCAGCGACAAUUGCCAAAUAUGAGCAGGGCCACCAAGGUGUGGCUCUAUCUGAGCCUGAAGAAGAGGAUGAUGACAGCGGCCGCCUCUUCCCAGACAGGCUUGGAUUUCUACAUGAGAAGAUGCUGCUUCAGGACAGUGUCCUGGGGACUAAGCAGAAACAAAUGGAAACUCGGAGACUCCAAAAGUGGGUCAAAAUGUUGAAGAAUUAUACCAAAUAUUGUGACAGCAAGAAGUUCCAUCGGAGCUGCUUCAAAGGAAUCCCCAGCCAGGUGCGGGGAAGCAUCUGGAUGCUAAUGCUUGAUGUGAACACGAAGAAAGCCCAGAACGUGGGGAAGUACAAGGCAAUGAAGGAGCAGUCCAGGCUGCAGUCAACGCCAUUCGACCAGAUCAACUGGCCUGUGCGAGGGAGCUUCCGAAAUCACCUGCUGUUCCAAGAACGCAAUGGAGCCAGGCAGCAGGCUUUGCUUGAUGUUUUGAUGGCCUACACCGUGUACAACCCUGAGGUGGGCUGUGGCCAAGGCCUGAGCCAUCUAGUGGCGCUAUUGCUGAUGUGGCUGAGCGAGGAAGACACAUUCUGGGCUCUGGUCCAGCUGAUGGAGAACAAGAAAUAUGCGAUGUCUGGUCUCUACACACGCGGAUCACCAAAGCUGAAGACACUGCAGAACCACCUGGGAGAUAUUGUGCACCGCACCCUCCCGGCUCUCGAGCAACACCUGGAGCAGCAGGGACUCAACCUCCAGGACUGCACGGCACACUGGUUUACUCAGUGUUUUCUGGAUGUGGCUCCAUUCCCCCUGGCACUGAGGAUGUGGGACAUCUUCGUCCUGGAAGGGCAGCAUGUGCUCACCACCAUGGCCUACACGAUGUUGAAGGUUCACAGAAAGCGCCUGCUGAAGAUGACCAGGGACCACCUGCAGGAAUUCCUCCAGGAGAGCCUGAAGCAAGUCUGGACCCCGGGCGAGGACAUUGUCAUCAAGCAGCUCCAGGCCUCAAAGCAUGAGCUGCGGAAGCUGCACUGUCUCCUGCCUCCCCAAGCCCCAGCGGUGGGGCUCAAGACCUCACACCUAAAGAGCGUCCUUGGCAGCCCACCUUACCGCGGGGACAGUCCCAGCCUGAAGCCUGCUGGAGUCAUUGCUUUGCGAGGACCACAGCCCUGGGUGCCCUCGCCUACCAGUAGCUGCCUUGCCAUCCGCUCCCUGAGGCAGCUGCAGCUCUCCAGGAUGCUGCAAGACGGGCGCAGUGAGUGUGGGACCGCCUUCCGCUUCCGGCGGCGUGCGUGCGGGCGUGAGGAGGAGCAGCAGUUGCUUUCGGGCGGCUAA